AUGUCCCAACUUGCAAUUUUUCAAUACUUGGAGCAAGUAGCUGUAUUGUUGGAGGAGAAUUGCACUUGUUGCUUUGGCAAGCAAGAAACUGAUCAGUCGUACGGGGAUUUAUGGGAGAAAAUUGUUCAAUACUACAACCAGUGGAGGACAGAAAGUCCCGAGGUUGAUGUUGAAAAAGCCUCAAAUCAUUGGUACAAAAUGAGUGCCGAGGUUUCAAAGUUCAUUGGGUGCUACACUCAAGUUAAGGAUACACAUCCUAGUGGCCAUGUUGAAGAUCAAGUAAUCGAGAUGGCCAUCAAACUUUGGAAGAGUCGCAACCCAACUGAUAGAAAUUUUCCUUACCUACAUAGUUGGAAAAUUCUUCGAGAUCAACAAAAAUGGAAAGAGUUUGUUACUAAAGAAGGUAGUAAGUCAAAGAUAACAAAAAAUAUUAUCUCAGGCGCUUACACUUCAUCAAGUUCAAACGCGGAUGCAAGUGACACUAACAGCGUAACAAUGAUGGAUGAGCGUCCUCCGGGUCAAAAGGCAGCUAAAGCAGCAGCAAAGGGUAAGGGGAAGUCGACGAGCAAGAAGGUUACUGAGGAUGCUACUCAAACAUGGAAUAAGUUUGAAGAGUUACAAGAGAAAAAAAUGGCCAUGUACCAGGAGCGUAUUCGUGUUGCAGAUUUUGAAAUUCUUUUCAAGGAUACUUCACAAAUGGACGAAAACACUCGAAACACUCAUAAUCAAGUUUGCUCGAUCAUCAAGGCUAAGUACAAUAUACAGUAA